ACCAUUCUGAUGAUUGAAGAAAUGUUCUCUUUGUUCACAGAAAAUGAAUCAUGAGAAGGCAAAGCUGAUAAUGAAUGCAAGACAGACCUGAGCUCAUACUGCCUUCCUGUCCAGCAACAGUACUUUAAUGGUUGGAACUGCCCGCCCCAACUUACAUUACUGCCCUCGCAGACACAGCCUGAUGAUCACCGGUGCCAUGGGAGCGGUGCGAGUCAACAGAUACAGCAUCGUUUCCACAGAUGAAGAUGCCCUGAAGAUCUCCACCCUGGGCCUCCACAAUGGCCACAGUCCUCUGACUCAGCAGACACUGUCGGGGGCCUGUAUGCGGGGCGAAGAAGGGGGAGGAGAGUGUCCAGGAAGUGAUGAGGGAAGAGGGGGUUUGUCUUUGAGAGUGACAAAUGAGCCCAUCGUCCACAACAGCUGCCGUGCUUCACCCUCGUGUCGUCUGGGCCUGGACCUGGGCACCGGCCGCCUGCGCAGCCGCUUUGUGAAGAAGAACGGUCAGUGCAAUGUGGUCUUCAACAACAUGGAGGAUAAGCCACGACGAUACUUGGCUGACAUUUUCACCACCUGUGUGGACAUACGCUGGCGCUACUUGCUGCUCAUUUUCACCACCACCUUUCUUCUGUCAUGGCUGCUGUUUGGCCUGAUCUUCUGGGGAGUGGCGCUCGCUCAUGGAGACUUUAACCUUCGCAUUCCUUUGAAGGAAGGGGAUCCUCGAAAUGACGUAGGGGAAGGGAAAGACGAAUGGCGGCCAUGUAUUCUCCACAUCCAGGGUUUUAUUGGCGCGUUCCUCUUCUCCAUAGAAACCCAGACCACCAUUGGAUAUGGUUUCCGGUGUGUCACUGAAGAGUGCCCGGUCGCUGUGUUGACUGUGGUGGUUCAGUCCAUCGUGGGCUGCAUUAUUGACUCCUUCAUGAUCGGCACCAUCAUGGCAAAGAUGGUGCGGCCCAAGAAGCGGGCACAGACCUUGCUGUUCUCGCAUCAUGCCGUCAUCGCUAUGCGAGAUGGUAAGCUGUGCCUCAUGUGGCGAAUGGGGAACAUGCGCAAGAGCCACAUUGUCGAAGCACAUGUGCGUGCUCAGCUCAUUAAGCCGCAUGUGACGGCAGAGGGCGAGUACCUCCCAUUGGAGCAGACAGACAUUGAUGUCGGCUACGACGAUGGGCUGGAUCGGCUGUUUCUGGUGUCACCGCUGGUGGUGGUCCACGAGAUCAACAAGAACAGUCCUCUGUAUAACCUGAGCCGCAGUGACCUACAGAAGGAGGACUUUGAGAUCGUGGUCAUCCUGGAGGGGAUGGUUGAGGCCACAGCUAUGACCACUCAGGCCCGUAGCUCCUACUUGGCCAAGGAGAUCAUGUGGGGUCACCGCUUUGAGCCUGUGGUCUUUGAGAAAGGUGACCGCUACCAAGUGGACUAUUCCCGCUUCCAUAAGACGUACGAAGUGCCAUCUACACCUCACUGCAGUGCCAGGGAACUGAGCCAGAUGACGGGUCACAGCAGGCAGUCCUCAUCCUCCAGCUCGAGUUACUCCCGGUCUCCAUCACCAUUUCCCCCGAGGGCAGCCCGCCACAUGCUGGGCCCUCACUCCCCCAGCGCCUUCUGCUACGAGAACGAAGUAGCUUUGUGCUGUGGGGACGACGAGGAUGAGGAGGAUGUGAAAGAGGAGGCGGGGAGCCUGAAUGUAAGAAGUGACAGAGAGGUAAAGAUGAGAGAUGACAUUCACUUGGGUUUCAAAGAGACAUUUGUUGAGCAGCAGACGGUGGAAAUGCUGUGUGUUCUGGACUCAGAGAAUCAGAUCAGCCUUGACAGACUACAGCCCACCCUACCUUUAUACAUCAGCAGAGAGUCAGGAGUUUAAUCAAUGGUAAUGGCUGCCCUUCCAUUUGUUUCCUCUCUUUGUCUGUGUGCAUCCAACCAAAGUACUGAACUAGCGUGAAAAAUAAAAGAUGGAGGACACAAUUUAACCUGUAAAUCUGGAGGAGGAGGAGCUGUCACAAAAUUCACUCAGCUUUAGCUCAUAACUUGCUCUGGUUUCAGGUAUUGUAAACUUUCAGUUGUAACAUCAGCAUCUAGACAAUGCACAGCUCAUCUACUUUUAAACAUGGUGACCAGGUAUUUCGCUCAAAUCAUGAGGUGUCUUGAAAUGAGGUAUCUUUAUUGCUUUCUUGUUUUAUUCAAUAUGACAGUAUAUGAUCUACAGUUAAGUCAAGCUUUUUGUUCUUGAUUUCCAUUCAGUUUUUUGUAAAUAUGAUAUGCUUUUGUUUUCAUUUUAAAAUGAUUAUGCAUCAUAUACAGACACAUUUUAUGGGAGAAAAAUCUAUUUAUGUUAAAGAAAGCAUGACACAAAUGCUCAACUUCAACACACUUAUUUUCUCUGUGUUAAAAUAAAUUAUUCUGUAUUUUGAACUUCUGUCUUCCUGCCUGAGAUCUGUUACUUUUCACAUUUAAUAAAUAAGCUAUUUUGUUUUUCAAAAUGUAUCAGU